AUGUUGCUUCUUCUGUUUGUCGGAGCUGUUACAUUAUUGUUAUUAUGGAAGCUCCUGGACAUCAGAUCUGGAGAAGAGUUACAGAAGUUGAUUAGUUUAGUGCUCAGUGGGAAUGGGCAACAUAUUCUAUCAAACAUCUUCAGAGUGGACGAAAAAACCAAGCAACACGGAGGAGAAUUAGUUGCUUCUGUACUCAAGGCUCACGAUGUGAAAGAAAUUUUUGUUUUAUGUGGAGGUCAUAUCUCCCCCAUUCUCGUCGCCUCUGAAAAGCUAGGAAUUAACAUUAUUGAUACUCGUCAUGAGGUAACCGCCGUUUUUGCUGCUGAUGCUGUAGCCCGAUUGAGACAAUCUAUCGGUGUGGCUGCCGUUACUGCCGGCCCAGGUCUCACCAAUACUAUCACAGCUGUGAAGAACGCUCAAAUGGCCGAAAGCCCAUUGCUUCUGAUCGGUGGAGCUGCUCCAACUCUUUUGAAGGGUAGAGGAGCUCUCCAAGAUAUCGAUCAGAUGGUUCUUUUCCGCCCUCUCUGUAAAUAUGCUGCAAGAGUUGAACGUUUAAGAGACAUCGUUCCAAUUAUGAGACAAGCUAUCCAGGCGGCAACUUCUGGCUGCCCAGGUCCUGUUUUUGUCGAGUUUCCAGUUGAUGUUUUGUACCCCUACGAUCUUGUUAUGAAGGAGGUUGGCCUCAACCCCAAUGCUAGAGGCUUUGUUCAGAAAGCCGUUAAUCAUUAUCUCCGUUUCCACGUUUCGAGACAAUUCGGCUCAGCUUGGGACCCACAAGAUAUCACUCCCAUCCCUAGUUCAAUCCCUCUUCCCCAAUCACCUCAAAUUAACGAAAUUGCUCAACUUGUGAAAAAUGCAAAGAAACCUGUACUUCUCAUUGGUAGUCAAGCUACUCUCCCACCUGUCAAACCCGAUGAGUUGGUAAAAGCCGUUCAAGCUCUUGGAAUCCCUGUUUAUCUUGGUGGUAUGGCUCGAGGUCUUCUCGGAAAGGAUAGCCCUAUUCAAAUGAGACAAAAUCGUAGAGAUGCUCUGAAAGAAGCUGAUCUUACUAUUCUAGCAGGAACGGUUUGUGACUUCCGUCUCUCUUAUGGAAGAGUUCUAUCCAAGAAAUCUAAGAUCGUUGCAAUUAAUAGGAACAAAAGUCAAUUGACUAAGAACGAGCAGACCUUCUGGAACUCCGAUGUUUCUGUGCAAGCUGAUGUUGCAACAGUUCUUGUGAAGGUUGCUAAGGAUGUCAAGGAGUCGGGUUAUGUAGUUCCAUCGGAUUGGAUCUCUUUCUUGAGAGAAAAAGAAGAUAGCAAAGAAUUAGCUAACAGGAAGAAAAUGGAUGAAACAGUCAAAGGUGGUCUGAACCCUCUGAAGUUUUUAGCAGAGUUUGAUAAGUCAUUGCCUGAUGAUGCUAUCUUGGUCGCUGAUGGUGGUGAUUUUGUUGGAUCUGCCGCUUACAUUGUUAGACCACGAGGACCUCUUCAGUGGCUUGACCCUGGAGCAUUCGGAACUCUGGGUGUUGGUGGCGGGUUCGCUCUCGGAGCUAAGGUUGUUCAUCCUGACAGACCUGUUUAUAUCAUUUGGGGAGAUGGCUCAUCUGGAUAUUCUCUCAUGGAAUUCGAUACUUUCAAUAGAUUUAAGCUGCCUGUAUCAUCGGAAACGAUGCCUGUUGCAGUCGAUUUAGCUAGGACCAAAUAUGACGAUGUAGCUAAAGCUCUAGGUGGUUGGGGUGCUACUAUUGAUGAAAGUAAUCAGGGACAAGUAACGGACAUUUUGAAAGAAGCUCUUCAUCAGAACAGUCAAGGCACAAUUUGCUCUUCUGAGAAACUGAAGACUUUGAAAGAUUUGCUUCUAUCAGAUGGAGAUAUAGUCAUGAUCACUACAGCUUACUCAACCAUAAAGUAUUGGACUCAUUAG